AUGGAUCUUACAAAAUAUAUCGUCUCGUCAAGGGAGACGGCUCUUCUCUAUGGCGAUUAUGCGACGUAUCGCACGCAACUCUCCGGGAAGCUUCUCAACAGCCGGAAGAAGUUGAAUGUUGCAACGAAGAGCCGCGGGAAAUUCCAUGUCAAACCCCAGAUCACUCCUGAGCAGGUGGCUGAGGAUCAAGAAUAUGUUCGUCUUCAGCUUCUCACAGCUGAGAGGGCCUGGGCAAACGCCAUGGCCAUGAAGGCGGCCCAUUCGGCUGAUACCAAAGGGAUCUCUGGCAAGACCCGUUCUCAUAUUGUGUCCCGUCUGGACAAGGGUGCAAAGACUGCGGAGAAACUCGUAGAAGCACUUUCUCAGACCGCGAUCACCGGAGCUAGCGAGACAGAUGUUCUCGAAGUCAGAGCCUACGCUGCCCUUCUAAAGGGGACUGCCUUAUUCGAGAAGCAGAGUUGGGAUCUGUGCCUAAGGAGCUACUCAACAGCCCGAAUCAUCUAUAGCGCACUCUCCACGUCUGCAAAGGGGGACAUCUUCAAGGACCUGGUGACCGAGACAAUCGACCCUUCCAUUCGAUACGCAGCUUAUCAACUUGAGAUACCGCGUACGCAGCCCAUCCCAACAAUUGCCAGGAAGGGGUUUCCCCACUCAGAUGCCACUUUGGUCGAGAGCAUCAACAAGCUGAACCCGAGUAUUCUGAAGCACGGAGACCAGGACCCCAGCCAAGGCACCCCCACGACGUUAACGUGGCGAAGCCGAGAGGUGAAAAUCGAGGAUGCCGCGAUUGCUGUGGCAUGGGCGGCAGUACAGACGGCCAAGUCAAGACUUGUCGACAAACUUGCUUCGUCCGCGGCCUCCCCACCUAGGGAUCAGGCAGGCGCCUACGACGACAUCCUGAUUGCCACACAAGAUGCGGUCGAUGCGACAAAACAGGCGAUCGAUGAACUCAGAGGGGAGGGCGUCCCACAGAGUGACCCGAGGAUGCAGAGUCUCCAGAUUACCCGCACAGCUGUCAAUUACGAGAUGAUCAGUUGGAGAAUCGGCAGAAACCGAGUCUUGAUGGGCGAGAAAGAUGGAGCAACUACAGAUUCUGCUUCGCCCUCGAGAAGGAAGGCCGCCAAGGACGAUUCAGAUCCUGCGAGCAGGAAAGAGGAAACUCCCGGACGGCAAAUCGCAAGACUCAAGGAGAAGGUUGUCCUAUAUGACGGGACGCUGCAGAGCCUCGAGUCUAUCAAGGAAUUGCCGGGUGUCGCGGCAGACCAGGAACUCUCUGUGCAGCUGGAUGCGACAGUUGGGUAUUUCAGCGCCCUCAAGUCCCUGGCAAUUGCCCGAUCCCACUCCCUGGCUGGGAAUGCGACCAACGCUCUCGCCCUCAUAAAGUAUGCGCAUGACCGUUGCGAGGAAUCACUUCCGGUUCUUAGCGCAGGUAAGGCAGCUUCACCAUCUGGUGCGCGGAAUAUCCUGGUGACACGGGAGGAUAUCGGCGCACUCGGUAGCCUCCUAGUUGGCGAGCUCCAGCGAUCUCGCGCUCUGGUGGAGAUCUCCAACUUCCGGAAGACGGCCAAUGUCUCAGGUAGCAAGGGGCCCUCCAUCCCUCUGGUGGAGCGAUUGACAGAAUACCCGUCCGACGGGAUCGACCUUGAGAACAUUGUCGUUUACCCUCCGAAGCUCGAACCGGUCCCCGUAAAGCCGAUCUUCCUCGAUGUUGCCUGGAAUUACAUUAACUAUCCGGAGAAGCAAAUCCAACCGGGGCAAGGCGGAAAGGACAGCGGCCCCGAGCUUUCGGCGAAGGGUGGGGAGGAGGCCAAACCCCGGAAGAAGGGAUGUACUCUGGCAGGCCUCUCCCGGAACUCGUAUCCAAUUCUCGCAGCCAUGGAGGACGAAAGCGUGUCUCUCAUCUCACCACCAAAGGCGAAGGGCAAGCCAGUGCCCCAGAGCACCUUCAUGGUGCUCAUCGCCAUGUUCGUCGUCGCCGUGCUCGCCCUAGGACUGAGCCUGGGACUGGGCUUCAGGAUGUCAUGGGCGAGCUCACACAGUCUCUCCCAUGCUCUCCAAGAUGACAGCCGUCAUAGCAUGCUGUCCGAUAUGCUCGUCAACUCGACCGAGCUGGACCUAAAGACCGACUUUGUUGUCUCCGAUAAGCCAACCAUCAGGGAGUUUAAGUUCACCGUUUCGCAAGCCUACGCUUCGCCAGACGGGGUUCAGAAACCGAUGAUCUUAGUCAAUGGGCAGUCCCCCGGGCCACUCAUAGAAGCCAACUCUGGGGAUACCAUAAGAGUAUACGUCCUAAACCAGAUGGAAAAUACCAGCACCUCCAUCCACUGGCACGGCAUAGCCCAGAGGAAUACUCCGUGGAUGGACGGGGUCACCGGAGUCAGCCAGUGUGCGAUACCACCGGGCUCGAAUUUCACAUACGAGUUUCAAGUAAUCGGUCAGAGGGGGACGUUCUGGUACCAUGCAUAUACGGCUGUGCAGUACACCGACGGCCUCUUUGGCCCUAUUGUCAUCCACGAUCCGGGAGAGAUGGUUCCAGCAUAUGAUGAUGAGAAGAUCAUACACCUUGGAGACAAUUACCAUGCCUCCGGUGAAGCGUUGCUCCAAAGCUAUCUACGGCCAGAUUCCAAGCGGAGCCCAGACGACCCAGGCGUCGAGCCCCUUCCAGACAACUUCUUGAUAAACGGACGGCACACCUUUAACUGCUCGGUCCGUUCGAGCACCCGGCCGGCCCCGUCCAACCCAGACAACGACGACGAGGCCCCCGCAUGCACCGGCGGCCAGCUGUACUCGACCAAGGUGAGGCCGGGUCACGCGGUCCGCCUGCGGCUAAUCAACCACAGCUCGUACAUGUCGUUCUGGUUCAGCAUCGACAACCACACAGUGACGAUCGUGGAGAUGGACGGCGUCGAGGUCGAGCCCAUCCCGAGCCGCGGCGUCUACGUCAACGUCGGGCAGCGCUACUCGGUCAUCGUGCGUGCCGACCAGGCCGUCGGCAGCUACCACAUGCGCGCGACGCUCCCGCAGACCUGCUUCGUGCCCUACUGGCUGCACACCAGCACGGGCCUCGAGAGCAUCGGCUACGAGGCGAGGGCCCUCCUGUCCUACGACGACGACCCCCCACCUGUCGUCGUCGUCGACGUCGCGGGGAACACGAGCAACCCGCACGGCGCCGCCAGAAACCGCCUCCGCGGCGACGUCUGGGAGGGCUGCGACGACAUGCCGUUCGACGAGCCUGUGCCCGUGCGGAGGCGGCCCGCCGUCGGGGUCGCUGAGGGGGACAUGCACUCGGUCACGUUCCAGUUCCAGCGGGCCGGGGAGGUGAAUCGGAUAUCCAUCAACCGGACAUCUUCGGCGGCCUACCACGGAGACGCGCAGCUCUGGCAAGCCAUGGACCAGGACUUUGAGUUUGGCCGGGGCGGGAACCACCACAAACGGGACUUCCGGCUGGACCAGCAGGUUCUCCUCGUCCCGGAGGCCGACAAGGGGGUCCAAAUUGUGAUCAAUAGCCGGGAUAUCGUCGGCUGGGGCGCCGGCGAGUACCGCGGCGGCGGCGCCACGACGACGUGGAACCUGGAGAACCCCAUGAGGAGAGACACGGUGACGGUCCCGUCCGAGUGGCACGUCGUCAUCAGGUUCGCGGCCGACAACCCGGGGAUAUGGGCGCUGCAUUGCCACGUUGCCUGGCACAUGGAAGCUUCAAGGAGUUGGCAAUUCACAGGGAGCGAGGGAACGAGAUGA